CACAUGAAUCGACCGCAGUCCAAGGUCCAGGAGUAGACUUUGUCUUCUGAGAAAUACUUCCACUAUUUAACCUCAAACUCAAUAUUGCAUGAGCUGCAGGGUGAUGCUGAGGAGUGUGUUCAGGUGCCUUAGGACCAAUCCUGUUUCCGGACAGAGGAGUAUGUCUCAAAGUAGCCUUGCUGGAAAGGUAGCCAUAGUCACUGCUUCCACAGAUGGAAUUGGUCUGGCUGCAGCUCAGGCUCUGGGAAAGAGAGGAGCCCAUGUGGUGGUGAGCAGCCGCCGGCAGGCCAACGUGGACAAGGCGGUGGCGCUGCUGCAGAGCCAGAGCAUCCAAGUGACCGGCACCACCUGUAAUGUUGGCAAGGGAGAAGACAGGGAAAAACUGGUCCAAACGACUCUGGAUCAGUGCGGAGGCAUUGAUAUUCUCGUUUCCAACGCAGCAGUCAACCCUUUCUUUGGAAACAUCAUGGACUCCACGGAGGACGUCUGGGACAAAAUCCUGUCUGUAAAUGUGAAAUCAGCCUUCCUCAUGACUAAGUUGGUGGUGCCUCAUAUGGUGAAGAGGGGAGGGGGGAAUGUGGUAUUUGUGUCAUCUGUGGCAGGAUACCAACCGAUGCAGGCUCUGGGUCCUUACAGUGUGAGUAAGACAGCUCUGCUGGGUCUGACCCGGGCGUUGGCCCCUGAGCUGGCCCACAGUAACAUAAGAGUCAACUGCGUGGCCCCUGGAGUCAUCAAGACCCGCUUCAGCUCUGCGUUGUGGGGAAAUGAAGACAUCCUGGACGAGUUUAAAAAGCAGCUCAGCAUUAAAAGAGUCGGAGAGCCAGAGGAAGUCGGUGGAGUGAUUGCCUUCUUGUGCUCUGAGGAGGCGUCUUACAUCACAGGAGAGACCAUCACAGUGACCGGAGGGAUUGGCUGCCGACUCUGAUUCUCCAGUGGCAGCAAACUUGUGUGUUCCCGUGUAGAUGUAUAUAUAUAAGUUGUGAUUAUAUUUUGACUACUCUUCUGAAGUGUGUGGACACAGCAGAGCCAGAAUACGUUUAAAAGCCUUAGUACGAGAGCUAAUAUGAGCCAGAUGGUGAUGCAAUUAAAAAUCAACGACUAAUUUCUGAAGAUUUGGGGCUCUUCUAAGUUUCUUGGAUGAUAUUUUGUCAAAUUCAAUUUCUUCUCUCUGAUAUCGGCGAUAAUUUAAUUUAAUUUCAACAGUCUUUGUUAUAAGAUGAAAGUAAAUUUCUAAAUAAAUGAGUAGGUUUCCAGUCAAUG